GUGUCGACCAAUGAGAGGCUCGGUAACACCCUGUAUGGGCGGUGGCCGACGAAUCAGGAACAACCACGCGCUCAGGAAGUCCAGGGACUUCAAAGUUGUGUUUUGACGCUAGUGUUGGGUGGGCGACACGCUGCUCUCCUCGCCGCCAGUGAAUAUUCGCGUGACGAGACACCGUGCUACCCUACAAAAAUGACGAGGAGACGGCAGAAGUGUGUGUUAGCAGUACUUCUAGUAGGUUUCCUGUUGCUAUGUGGAGUUGUAGCUGAUGACGACGAUGAAGUAUCAGUCACGGAGGAGAAAUUACAAGAGGAAGAUGAAGUGGAAGUCAUUUAUGCUACACCAAAGAUGAUUGAAGGUGUUUACCUCAUGGAAACAUUUGAUGAUGUGGCAGCUUUUGAAAAUACUUGGGUCAAGUCUGAAGCUAAAAAGGAUGGCGUUGAUGAGGACAUUGCUAAAUAUGAUGGGGUUUGGGCUAUUGAACCUGCUGAGCGUAUGGCAUUGGCUGGAGAUCGUGGUCUGGUUUUGAAAUCCAAGGCAAAGCAUGCAGCUAUUGCUGCAUCUCUAAAGAAACCUUUUACUUUCACUACAAAACCUCUCGUAGUACAGUAUGAAGUCAACUUGCAGAAUGGUCAAGAGUGUGGUGGAGCAUACAUUAAGUUGUUGAGUUCUCAAGAAGGAAGAGUGAACCUGAAGAAAUUCAAUGACAAGACACCUUACACUAUUAUGUUUGGACCUGACAAAUGUGGCAAUGACCAUAAACUGCACUUCAUUUUCAGACAUAAAAAUCCUCUCACUGGAGAAGUAGAAGAAAAGCAUGCCAAGCGUCCUCGUGACAAAAUCGAAGAGCCUUUCAAAGACAAGAAGCCACAUGUGUAUACUCUGAUUGUUCGACCAGACAACACAUUUGAAAUAAGUCUUGAUCAGGAGGUAAUCAACUCUGGUAGUCUGCUUGAAGACUUCUCUCCUCCUGUAAACCCAGAAAAGGAAAUUGAUGAUCCUGAAGAUUUCAUGCCUGAUGAUUGGGAUGAGAGAGAGAAAAUUCCUGAUCCCGAUGCUUCAAAACCAGAUGACUGGGAUGAAGAUGCUCCCAUGCAAAUUUCUGACCCAGAUGCUGAGAAGCCAAAAGGAUGGUUAGAUGAUGAACCAGAGAUGGUGCCUGACCCUACUGCUGAGAAACCUGAAGAUUGGGAUGAUGAAAUGGAUGGAGAGUGGGAAGCUGCCUUGAUAAACAAUCCUAUAUGUACUGAAGCCCCAGGCUGUGGAGAGUGGAAGCCUCCAAUGAUUGACAAUCCAAAUUACAAGGGUAAAUGGCGCCCAGCAAUGAUUGACAAUCCUAACUACCGUGGCAAGUGGAAACCCCGUAAAAUCCCAAAUCCUGACUACUUUGAAGAUUUGGAGCCUUUCAAAAUGACGCCCCUUGAUGCAGUUGGAAUAGAGUUGUGGUCAAUGUCUGAUAACAUACUCUUUGACAACAUAAUUAUUACGGAUAAUAUUGGUGAUGCAAGUCGAUUGGCUCAGGAGACAAUAGACCUCAAAGUUAUGAAGCUGGAAAAAGGACAGGUUGGAGUUUUCAGGCGCAUCAUAAACUACUCAAAUAAGCAUCCCUGGCUGUAUGGUAUCUACGUUCUGCUUGUGGCCAUUCCUGUAGUCUUGAUAAUUACUUGUUGCUGUGCAGAAGUAAAGGACACAAAAGCUGAUAAGGAUGCCGAGCGUAAGAAGACAGACGAACCUACUGCAGAUGAUCUGCCAGGAGAGGAAGGCGAGGCAGCUGAGGAGGAAGGCGAGGCAGCUGAGGAGGAGGGAGACGCAGCUGAGGAGGAGGGAGACGCAGCUGAGGAGGAGGGAGACGCAGCUGAAGAAGAAGGCGAUGCAGCUGAAGAGGAGGGAGAGGCAGCUGAAGAGCAGGCACACAGUAGUGACCUUAAAAGUGAAGAUACAAGUGAGAAACAGGUUGAAGAACAUGUAGAAAGUGAUGCUGAUGAGGAAAAUGAGAGAGAUGAAGAGGAGCAGCAGCAAGAAAAUAUAACCAAAGACAAAGAAUCAGAGGAUGCUCAGACCCGUACUUCGCCCAGGCUUCGUAAGGCUCGGAGAGAAUAGAUUACACUGAAUUUUAAUGUUACAUUGUGCUAGAGACAAGAAAGAGCUCACAUUUUUAAAGGAGCAAAGAUUUUAUGAUUGGACUUUUGAGGCCUUAUGAUACUAAUUAGUACGGUAUAAGCAUUUUUAUGCAAAGUAACUUGAUAAUUAUGAUAUGGAAAGAAUUUGCAGAAAAAUUGGGUUUUGUUUGAGAAAAUAUUUUUGUCUAAAUGUUAAUUCAAUUAUUUUUUUUUAAUGGUGUAAUCUUAUAUUUACAUAAUUAUAACCUAGUCAGGGUAAGAUCAAAGUCUUUAAAUAAAGGCAGUUGUAUUUUGUUCAGUUUUCUUGGUCUCUAUAGCUUCAGUAUUGGGAUAAGCUGUGAUAGUCUGAAGCUUCUUUUUCUGUCUUGAGACAUUCCUCUUUCAUUUGCUUCAGAUUCAAAGUUAUUAAUAAAUACAGAGUUAAAUUUUUUUUCUAAUUAUAUAGAAGAAUGCAAAUCCUCUACAGGAGCCAUCCUGUGUGCUUCUCCUGUUCCUACUUGUGGACUUAGGUAAUGUUUGUAUAUCAUGUUAGAUAUUUUUUCUUUGUUAAAAAUGGAGUAGCUGUGUUUUCUUAUGUCUAUAAUUUUCUUCAAAUGUAAGUUUGUUUACUGAACCAGUAUAUAUAUCUUGGUCCCUUGAGUCUUGUAGGUUGGCUGAUCCACCAAUUCUUUCCCAAAUCUUGGCUCUACCACCCUUCUUUAUCAUUAGGCAAUGCCAUUAAGUUUUAUAGUGCAUUACUCCAAUGCUAAAUACUAAUGACUUGCCUUAUGGUGUGAAGAUUCCCUUGUACAAAAUGUAUUUUACUAUUAGCUUAUAAAUCCCUGUCAACAGUUAACUCCAUUAUUUUUGUUAGCUUAAUUUUUGUUUUAUGUAAAAUGAUCUACAGUAACAAUUGAGACUUCUGUUAAGGAAAGGUAUAUUUGUCUAAUGGAGUUGUUAAUAUUUGACUGAACAUAUUCUUUAAGAAUUGUAUACAGUACCUAUUUUUAUUCAACAUAAUGUAUGCUUAAUUUUGUAGUUUGAAGUUCAUUAUUUGUAUGUACAUUUUUGCUGAGUGACAAAUUGGGAGCUAACUUUCAAAUUGGCAAAGGACUGCACAUAUCUGCAUUUUGUUAGUUUUGCAAUACACUGUUAUUAUCUUUAGAGCACUGUUCUUCAGAGUUAAAUGCAAAAACCUCUAGAGCAAUAGAUUUAUCAUUUGCUAAUAAUGGGUAUUGUUCUUGCCAGAGGAAGUAUUGCAAUGAUAUGCAGCCUUAUCUACAUUUGUGAUGGGGACUAUUUUGCAAUUCCUAAAGCAAGAAUAUGGGUGUUGCUUGCAUCAUAUGCAGAUAUUCUAUAACCAUACAUUUGUUGUAGUAUGUCUUGGUUAUUUAUUCUUGCCUGUAUGUUGUACAGAAGCUUUUACAAUAAAUAUUGACUGGUAA